UGUAUGGGGUGGUGUAUUUGUGGUGUACUUUUUAUCGCCAGCAAUUUCCGCGGAGAACAUCGCGAUUUUGCCUCGAAUAACUAAAGUAUUCCCGGUUUACGACGCUAAUUCCAUUGCGGUAAAGAUGUCGGAUAAGGAAAGCAAGGAAAAGCCCAAGCUGGACCUUGGCCUGCUCGAGGAAGACGACGAAUUUGAGGAGUUCCCAGCGGAAGACUGGGUGGCCAACAAAGAGGAUGAAGAAGAACUGAGCGUUUGGGAGGACAACUGGGAUGACGAUAACGUUGAGGAUGAUUUCAAUCAGCAACUCCGGGCACAGCUGGAGAAACACAAGUAGUACUGGCCCGGCAAGACAAGGAAUGGUCGGGUUCCGGUGGUGAUGAUCUUUACAAUAAAUCUUAAUUUUCUUUCCUAAGA